AUGGUGGAGCGUCUUCACCGCUCCCUGAAAGCUGCCAUCAUGGCCCACAACAGCACGAGGUGGACUGAGGUGUUGCCGAUCGUCCUACUCGGCAUAAGAAGUGCGUGGAAGGAAGACAUCAAAUGCUCAGCUGCAGAGAUGGUGUAUGGUGAGCCUUUACGCAUCCCGGGUGAGUUCUUUCAUUCUCAUACCUCAAACACCCUGCAGCCUGAUGAUUUUGUCACUCAGUUGAAACGCCAGAUGUCACACCUCAGACCCGUCCCCGCAUCAAGGCACGGAAACAAAUCAGUCUUUGUUCACAAGGACCUAAGUUCAUGCAGCCAUGUUUUCCUUAGACAGGAUGCACUGCGUGGAUCACUAGAACCGCCAUACACAGGCCCAUAUCGCGUGCUAAAUAGAACGGACAAGACCGUCACACUGGAUUUACUGCGAGGACCAGUGACAGUCUCCAUUGACCGCGUCAAACCAGCUUACAUGCAGAGCGACACAGCUUCACCUACAGGCACAAGUGCUAAGCCUACUCAAGCUGUUGUCCCGGCAGGACUCUGA